AUGAAAGCUUGGGUUGCGCUCCGUCUAUUAGGUGCCAACCGCCUUACUCAUACGCUCACUCCUUUCACAGGUGGACAUCUUAGAUUUGGAGUUGUCCUCACAGCCAGAACGGUAGUUGAAAGUGAAGAGGAGCGCUAUGUGGGAUCGAUGUUGCUGGAACCGAGAAGUCUGUUUCUGAUGACGGAUGAGGCCUAUGUAAAUAUGUUGCACGGCAUCAAAGAAGUCAAGGAGGAUUUCAUUGAUGAGAAGGUGUUCAAUGGGAAACAGGCUUCGUCAUAUCCAAUGGGUGCCGAAGAAUUCCGAAUGGAGCUGAAGCGCCUUCUUCGAGUUCCAGUGUCCCUUGCCAUUCAUCUUUUUCUCUCAUCCCGGUGCUGGUUACCGUAUUUGAGCUAUUCUAAUUGUUAA